CUUAUUAUUUAAAUUUCCUUUGCAAGAUCUUAAAGUAUUGAUUCUGUGGAUCUUUUCUAUUUUUGAAUUUUGUACGGAAUAAAAAGUAUUUGACAUCUUGAUACUAACUAGUGUAAAUGUGUUUGUGUAUUUAAUGUUUGUGUUGUUUUGAUAUUUACUAACCUGGUUUUCAAAGGUUUUUAACUUUUGAGUGAUUUUAUUCUUAUUUCUAGAAUGCCAAUGAAAAAUAAUGCCCGAGAACUUUUUGAGUGCUGCUCCGGUCAUGUGACACACUUGAUCCAAUAAUCUGGCCCAGUUCUUUUUUCUUGUUGAUCUGUAGCUGUUUCAACAAAUCCUUUCUAUCUUCUGCUCAUCUUACAGACCAACACGCGCUUGUUAUAGGAAAUAAUAGAAGUGUCAGUUGACGAUUGAAUCAUAACAACAGACUGUAUCUAUCAGAUAGUUCAAGAAUCAUUCAGAAUCAUCCCACAUCAUCUUUGCUCAUAAGUGCAUGUGUUGUCAUCAUGUGUAGUGCUCAUGACAUCAUACAACUCCGUUGUACAGAGUGGGGGACUUUCCUAUGAUGUCACUUGUCUUGUGUGAGAAGUGUGGUCGUGUCUUGUUUCAUUCACGUGUCUCAAUUCUCGAGCACCAACAGUGUCCCCCCCCCUUUUUUUUUUCAACCACAUUUUUUGAUGUAGGCGCUGGCCCACUUAGGUCACGUUAUAAUUAGACAUUAAGUGGCUCCUGGCAAUGGCAGAGUGCUUAAUAUUGUCUUAAUAUAGAUCCAGAUAGACGCACACGUUGAAUGCUGAUAGCAACGGCAUGGAGUUCAUGAACAUUGUUGAGUGUUAGGAAAGACGUGGUACAAGCCACACAUCUUAGCAGUGAGGGCAAAAGGUCGUAUUCCCCUUCUAAACACGUCUUCAGUUCCCCACCCCCCCCCACACACACACACUAUUCUGUGAUACAUUCUCCAUUUUACUUUUGUAGACUUUUGAUUGUGCCAUUUUGUGUAUUACCUUUCUCGCAUGGCUUGAUGUUUUCGUCUUAUGAAUCAAAACGACAGCUAUUAAAUGCAUUGUUUUUAACAAUUCCGCUGACAUCUUUAGGAAAAGAAAAAAAAAAGGACAUUCUCUUUGAGCUUAAUGUAUUUUACAUACAUUUGUGUCUCUUCAGGUUACCUGUAAUAAGAUAGAACCUUGAACACAAUAAAAAGGAAAUCAGUUGUUUACUUGAUAUUACUUAUGUAUUUCUUUUUUGACUGUGCCACUACCAGAACAGAGGAGAGCUCUUCUCUUCCUGCUCGGGAAGGGGAGGUCUAGGCUACUCCACCGCUAUGCACGAGCGGCGAUAAGAACGUCCUGGUCUACCUCAGCCUGGCAUCCACUUACCAAGUCCUCCCCCUCACAACAACGGUCUUAAAACCAGUUUGACCUUCAUUUCCCGCCUGACGGAGCGAUGCAAUAUGUGUGUCUGUUUGGAUGACAGCAAAUGACGUCAUAUUUGGACUGAGUUGAUGGAUUAACAAUGGAUGCUGCAGCCUGCGUGUUUAAUUCAGUGCCUAUGGCUUAUCUUCGUGUGUUUUGUGUUUUUCAAUGAUACACUUUGAAGUCCUUUCAUCCAGAAUUUUUUUUGUUUUUGCUAUCAAAGGAUAUUGUACCUUGAUUGAGCUGAACGGUGCCAUUGUCUAAGAGGGUCCCUUGUCAACAGAUUUCAUUCCAAGCUGUGCUCCCCACUAAGCCAUCACGUUGGAGGGCGCUAAACUAACCAGCAAGACCAUGGGACGUAAGAAAAUACAGAUCUCCCGUAUUGGAGAUGAGAGGAACAGACAGGUAACCUUCACCAAACGGAAGUUUGGUCUGAUGAAGAAAGCUUACGAGCUGAGUGUCCUAUGUGAUUGCGAGAUCGCUCUGAUCAUCUUCAACUCUUCCAACAAACUGUUUCAAUACGCCAGCACGGAUAUGGACAAGGUGCUGCUGAAAUACACAGAGUACAACGAACCGCACGAGAGCCGCACCAAUAAGGAUAUCAUUGAGAAAAUUGAAAUGCGUGCAGGUCAUAGCAUGAUGGAGCGAGAAGGUCCAUCGUCUACACUCAGUGCUCAUUCCACCUACAUGGCGCUGAAUAAAAAAGAACACAAAGGAUGUGAAAGCCCAGAGCCUGUGGACUCAGACCCUUACAGCAGUGGUUUACGUGAUGACAAAUAUGAUCGUAUUCCUGAUGAUUAUCAACGUGUCAUGCAGCAGAAUGUCAUGAGGCAUUCUAUGCAACAGUACCACAAUCAGGGCAUGCCAAUUAAUAUGCCUCUACAUGGGGGAGGAGGGAUGUACCCAUCUCCACAACCAGGCUUGAUGCCCCCUACUCCACAACCUCCCCACCAUAACCACAUGUCAGCAUCACCUGGGUUGUUGCAGCCGCCACAGGUUUUGAGUCCCCGCCCACACUCUACAGGUGGAAUGUCUGACCACAUGAGUCAUUCUCCAACACCCAACGGUUACCCUCAACGUAUCUCACCAUGCAGCUCUCCUGGUGUGAUGUCAGUCACUUCUCCAAACAUGAUGAUUCACAAUGGCAGCAACAAUUUGUCCCACCACAAGACGUCUCCAAACGUAACACCUUCUCAUACACCAACACCGCAACAAUUGCGUCCUAACUCCAACACUAUACGUAUGAUGGGACCUACGCGGCCUGACCAUCUUAGUGUGCCUGAGACUCGGUCACCAAAUUGCCUAACACCGACCAUGCACAAUAUGGGUUACAACCAUACUAUGAACUCACCGUCUUACCCUCACAAUGACUUCUCAAUGAAUAACCAAGACAUGAUGGUAGGAAGUGGAGGCAUGGGUUUCAACCAGUGGAACCCAGGUCAUGUCAACUCACCUCAAAAUGCUGGCAUGAUAUCACACCACAGCCCUAAUUCUAUGGGAAGUAUGUCUGGACAAGUUUCACCUUUGGCUAUUAGUACACUGAGUGGUAUGCAUAUAAAGAGUGAACCUAUAACACCUCCUCGAGAUACCACUACUCCAUCUACACAGCUUCGUCCUCAGUCCAGUGGCACUGGGCAUCUUUCUCCUUCACCUGGCAUGACUGGUCACUUAUCUCCUCUGGGAAGCAACCACACAAUGUCAGGCCAUCUAUCACCAUCUACUGUAGGCCAAGGUCAUAUUUCCCCAUCUACCACAGGCCACCUAUCUCCAGCUCAGCCCAUGGGCCACAGUAACAACAGCUCACCUGUAAACAGCCAGCAUCUUGACUAUGACAGUCCUAUGGUUAAACGAUCAAGGAUGGAAGGUUGGACAACAUAAUAACCCUUUGUUUCACCGUCAACUAAAAGGGGCAUCUGCCUUCUUCAUUGACAUAUGCGUCUCCAUAUUAGCUGGACUAAUUGUGGGUCCUAUUGUUAAUCGGAGCAUGUUUAGACUUGGUGUCUAUUCAUAGGCCAUCUUAUUGUUGCCUGAUGAACUGAGCCAAUCUGCUAUUGCUUUUCAUGAAUGCCGCCCUGCUCAUGGACUUCAUCUGGAAGUAAACUGUACCGGUUUAUCAAUUGCCAGUAAAAUUGUGCGGAGUUGCUUUGGUCUCACUUGUCUGCCUUCAAAUGUAUUCAGCUGUGCAGAUUUUUUGACAAAGGCUGUGAUUGAGUUAAGAGAGUAUGUUAAUUCCUACUCACAGAGACCAGACUUAUGGUUUUGACUUCUCAUUGACAUGCUAGUCUGUUAGCCUAGCAUACAUUAAAACUAUGUUAUUUAUGUAUCUUGUGUAAAGUAUGAGAAUUAGAAUUAUAGCAGUUCACUAAACUGUUGGGCUUACCUGGGUGGUGUAUUGAAAAGAUCUGAAUUGUGUCAUGAAGGAUUGUUCAACAAUUCUGGUGAUAUGUACAUUUUUUUACAUGUUGUUAAAUGUUAAGUCCUUUAUCAUUUGUGCUUUUAUAUUUUAGGACAUUUUAGGCACAAAAUUAUCUCUCAGGGUGCUUAGCAAAUAGGCAUAGUUUUAGAAACUAAGAGAAAGGAAAUGAAUGACUAAACACAGGCAAAACAAUAAAUUAUAAAAUUUCAUUUCAAACUUAGUAGUUAAAGAAACAGUACUGUGAUUAAAUUAUUAACCUUUGGGCACUAUAGUUUUCAGACACAUUAUGCCUCAAAAAUUCUGGUUGCUGGUUCCAUGCUGCAUUUUGGGUUUUUUUUUUUUUUUUUUUUUGUGAAAUAUUUUAUUUUGAUUUAACCAUAACAUAUUUUACAUACCGGUACUUUCGUUUGAAUAAGAGAAAAAGAGAUCCAGCUUAUCCCCCUACAACCCACUUCAUACAAAUACAUUUUUGUAAAACUAAAUAAGGCUUGUCUUCUGAGUCUGAAGAUUAUUAAGAAAUGCAGUAUUUUCCAUGCCUAAGAAUAAUAAGAAUAAUAACAAGAAAUGUUUGAAAUAGAUAUUGUUAAUGCUUAAUAGUCGCAUAGUCUAAGCUGUUUCAAAUACAUAAUAAAUACUUCAUUUGUAUGUUAUUGAACACAAAAUGAUACAUACAAAUAAUAAUUAAAAAAAAAAAAAGAAUUUCCCUUAAAGCGAAGAAAAAAGUUACAUUUCUUUAAAUUAGUGUUAUCAUUUUAUUAUUAGUGCAGUCAAUUCAACUUAAAUAUGACAAAGUCAAGUGUUUCAAAGGGCUGAAUUGUUAAAAACAAACUUAAGUACAGUACUCACACUUUUUUUUAUUUAUUUCAGUCACCAUUUUGCUUAUUUAGGACAAGUAGAAACUGGCAAGAUGAAAAUUAUGAAGACAUUAACACAAUGAAAAUUGUUGGAAUGUGCUUUCUGGUUUUGAAUUAAAAACAGUAAAUCUGUUUUAAUCCAUUUAAAAACAUACAUGUUAAUACAUACAACAAUAUGCAUACUUUAUUUCCCAAACUAGAGUCUGGUUUUAAAAUGUAAUAGUAGUUCUUGCAGCUAUUUCAAGCACAAUGUUGAUGAUGGUGAAACAGGAUUCCUAAUAGUUGUUUUUUUUGUUUAGCUACUAAGAUCUAAAAAUCUAAAAGUGAGAAAGGCAGAAUUACCAUAAACAGCUAUUCCCCCAUAAAAAAAAAUACAAAGUAUUUUUUCAAAGACUGACACAAAUCUACCAUCCAUUUUCCUGAACAGCUUAUACAUUGUGGCUUCAGACCCCCAAAGAAACCUGCCAUAAUCAAUCAGCUGAAACAACUGAGCAUGUUCCUCUUGCAGGAGAUUAAUAGCUGGAUGUAACUGUAUUUUAUGCAGACAAGCACUUUUCAGCAUUUGAUGCAUACAAUAAUUAUGCGAUUUUGUUAAAUGUAAAAGAGAAAGCUAUUUCAACAUCGUUAAAUGGUAUUUGCAACUUAAUAGAUCAAUUCACUCUGGUUUUUUUACUCUAUUAGAUAGCAAAUUGUCUUCAAAGAGAAAUUUGUGGCGUAUUUAUUUCAAUGCAGUUUAAUUAUAUUAAUAAGUAUUUAUCUUUUUAAAAGGUUUUGCUUGACUGAGAGCCCUUAACUCAUUAUAUCUCUAUUCAGAUUUGGUUCCAUUAAAGGGGAAUGGACUGUACUCUUAUUUUUUUUUUUUUUUGCAAUUCACACAAGGAUCCUAUUAAUUGUUUUAAAAAGAGAAUUUUUAAGCUUUACAUAUGAUUAAAAAUAAGAAAUAACAACCUAUCCUGCAAUUACAAAAAGUAGGAUUGAGUCAGAUGUCAAUAUAACUUUUUUUUUUUUUAAAUGUGCACUUGUGUUUUGAAUCCUAUUUAGAUUUGAUUCCAUUUUAACUUUUGAUUGUUUGAAAUUUGAACUUGUUUUCACUUUAGUUCACUUUUACUUUCUAUUGUUCUUCAGUUUUUGUAAUUGUGAGUUGAACAAUGAAAAUGUUUUUUUGUAUUUUUAAUACUUUAGUUUCUGUUUUUUUCCCACUCUUUAGUCAAACAUUUUAAAUUCUGAAACACAUUUGUUUUGUUUCUGAUUACACUAAACCUUCAUUACUAGUGCAUACUUUAAAAUAAGCUGUGCCAAUGUUGCACUAAUUUUUGAACUGACAAAAAUUUACUUCAAAAAUAUAUUGAUAUUUAUCAGUGGUAUCUUAUAGAGCACCUAAACAAUCAAAACAUUUUACAUACUUAAUUACAUGGAUGACAAAAUGUCCCUAAGUUGAUGUCACUUGGUGUAUCCUCCUCUCCACACACUUCAAUGUUCCCACUCAGAAAUAAAACCAAACCCCUUUCAUUACAAGUUUUUCUCUAUCACCAAUGUUGUUCAAUUUCACCAACAUAAAAAGAGCUGGGAUGGUAACAUAUCAAGUCCACUUUGUUUUUUUGUUACAUUCAUUGAUGGAGAGAGAAAUGGUGGAUUUUAUUUAUCAAGCCAAGAAUGUGUAUAAAAUGAUAAGUAAUUCUAAAUGGAUAUUGUAAUGCUUCACUUUGAUUAAAUAGCUCAUGACAAAGUGUAUAUAGCUUAUUGUUUUGUGUGCAUGUUGACUUUUUUGUUCACUCACUCUAGAACAUUGUAAAGGUAUAUAGCUAAUGUUUAUUUAUAGCAAUCAUCCAUUUUGAUGUGUAAUUAUUUCUCACCUUUAUUUGAAGAUUUCAUUCUAUAUUCUUGACAUUGAAACUUUAGAUUUCAUUCACAAAUCUCACUGACUAGGACUUGAGCUUGAAGGGAAGUAUUAUAGCAUUUUUUUAUUUAACUGAAGACAAGACUAGUGUUAAAAAUUUUGCUGUCUAAAAAUAGCUCAGAAAUCUCAUUUCAGUAGAUGUCAAAACUCACUUUCUGUUAGUAUUAUUACAAUGUAAUUAGGUUAAGUCUAAUUGUACAUAAUUUUGUAAUACUAACUAGUCACCCUGUAUUAUUGCUGUAAAUAUAUCUAGUUUGUUGAAUGUUAUGGUUGUGACAAAACUGUAGAUGUAGCACAACCUUCUGAAGACAAGGGUUGAAUCCUGAACUUAGCACUUGUUCUUUACACUCAUCCGUCUGCACUAUUGGGUAGACAUCUUUAGAAACUUUUGAUUUGGGUGAAUUUUUUUUUUAUAAGCUUAUGAUUUGUUAACCAUUUGUCAUGAUGUUGUCUGUGAUUUGUCCUAGUGAUUUGUUGUGGCCUUACAAUGUUAUUAACCCUUGGCAAUACCCACUCCUGUAUCUUAUUGGAGCCACUUUAGAAUGCUAAGCACUCUACUAAUUUAUUUAAAAUAAAGGUUAAUUUCACUUUAAAAAAAAAAAAAGACUGCUUAGAUCUCAUAACCAAUGAAAACUUUUCUGAAGAGCUGUUCAUCCCUCAACCAAGCAAACACAACUUAAUAAAUAAGAAACAAAAAAAAAUUCAAAUAAACUAAUAGUUUAUUCAUCCAAUUUUGUUUACUCUAUGACAUGACACACAUGUUUUCUGUAAUGUACUGUAUUUUUGUUUUAAAUUGUCAAAGUUAUCAUCAUAAAAACAAUCAGUCAAAACUUAAUUAAAAUCUAUUAAAACAGAAUAUUUUUGAAAAUAGAUUGUUAAAAUCUGGAUUUAUCAUGAUGUUCAGUAGGACACAUUUCACCAACAAAAAGUAGGGUAAUAAGACAUUUCAAAUUUCUGUCUGCCAAAAUGUUACAUGCUGAUUUUAUCAUGCUCAUUGUUAGAAUGUUUCCAUCUUGUAAUGAUCACAACCCACAUAAAAAAAAUAUACUGUCAUUAUUUCAUGAGUUGGCUUUUUCAUUUGUUUUUUUGCUUAGCAAAAAAAAAAAAAAAAAAAAAUACAAGUAGAUAUUUCAAAAUUCUAUUAAUUAUUUAAUCAGGACACUUGGAAAAACAAAACUUUUUAAUAAAAACAGAAUGAAAAAAUAAAUAAGACAAGAUUUAAAUACAAGUAUGUAACACUUCACUGUCAUUUUAUUUUUUUGUAGCCUUGCAGUUACAGCUCAGCAAGUUUGGACUGUAAAUACACACAGCUCAGAGUAAGCAACAUGUACUAAACAACAUGAAUAUGUAUAUUUUUACAAAUAUUUGAUUAUAUUAAAUAAGUUACAGGCUAUACCAGUUUAGUCUGAUGUUAAUUUAGAAUGCAUUCAUAAAAAGAAUAUUUGAAUGAAAAGAAAUGUACAGUGGUUUUCCAAGUGGUCUUAUAAGUAUUUAAAUUUCCAAUACAUUUUCUUUUUUUUUUUGCUUUAUCCACCUGAAAUAAAUUUUUCCUUACAUAUAGCAUUAGAAAACCUUUCAUUGCCUACUUAGACAA